CCGACUAGACGCUCGAACUUGUUAGGUUCCUACGUCUUGCCUUUGGCUUCUCCACACCACUCGCCCAACGCAGCGCCCAGUGCAGGGACAUGAAUGUUCCUGUGCCACCGCCCCCGGACGGGGUCCUUACGGGGCCCUCCGACAGCCUGGAGGCCGGCGAGCCUACGCCGGGCUUAAGCGACAGGUCUCCAGAUGAAGGACUGAUAGAGGAUUUGGCUUUGGAGGACAGAGCUGUAGAGCACCUGGUGGGAGGCCUGCUGUCCCACUACCUACCAGAUCUGCAGAGGUCCAAGCGAGCACUCCAGGAACUCACACAGAACCAAGUUGUGUUACUAGAUACACUGGAACAAGAGAUUUCAAAAUUUAAAGAAUGCCACUCCAUGCUGGACAUCAAUGCUUUGUUCACGGAAGCGAAGCACUAUCACGCCAAGCUGGUGACCAUAAGGAAAGAGAUGUUGCUGCUCCACGAGAAAACAUCCAAGCUGAAAAAAAGAGCACUGAAGCUGCAGCAGCAGAGGCAGAAAGAGGAGCUGGAGAGAGAGCAGCAGCGAGAGAGGGAGUUUGAAAGAGAGAAGCAGCUGACAGCCAAGCCAGCCAAGAGGACGUGAGGAGCCUGCUUUCCAGUUCCUGUCCCAUCCUGCUUUCUGGAUGUCCAGUGCUGCAUACAGAGAGCGAGGCGUGGAUGGUGCCUUACGCCCUGGCAUGCCUUGAGUCUUUCCCAGGGUUGUAUGUGUCCAAGACUUCACUCAAGAAGCCUUGUUGAUACUUAUGUUUUCAACUCUUGCUUAACUUUAAAAUUUAUUAUUUUGAUCUUAAAUCACUUGUAAACUGAAAACACUGGUUAUUGUAAGAGUCUGGAUACAGUUCAAAAUGAGGCGAAGGUCUGACCGUCUUAAGAGUCAGUUUUAGUUUCAGUUUCUCCUUUUCUGAGGACAGGCCUUCCCUGCACAGCCACACUGAUUUCUGGCAACUCCUUUUUAUUGUUUAAAGAGAAACUCCAAUUGUUUGACCGUAAUUCUCCCAGAAAGAGAGCUGCCAAGCUUUUAUGAAGAACUUGUGAAGUGUAUGUCACUGGUGAGGCCAGCACCUGAGACGUAGGCUGGGAGUAGAUACAGACAGACUCUCCAGCCGUUCUCCUCUGUUUUCCAGUCUUGCUGCUGAUAGAGAUUUUGGGUUUAGGGCAGGAUUCUAUUCAUUCCUCAAGCUGUGCAGCAAUGGUGGGCCUGCCAGAUACUCAAAGGUGUGUCUGUGUCUGUCUGUGUGUCUGUGUCUGUCUGUGUGUGUGUGUUUGCAUGUGCAUGCUAAGUCAUCACUGUGUAACAAUGUCUCUGUGUUUUUUCUUUUCCUCUCUCCUUUUUUUUUCUCCUAGAGACAGGCUCUCUAUAAAGCCCUGGCUGUCCUGGUACUCACUGUGGAGACCAGGCUGGCCUCAAACAAUCCACUUGCCUCUUUCCCCAGUGCUGGGAUUAAAGGUGUGCACUGCCACACCUUGUUUGAAGUAGAACAGAGUCUGCUACUGCUCACAGCAUAUGUAAAGAACACAGAAGAGGCCCGAUUGAUGCCUUUGCUGUUUUCUAGACCUUUCCCUCUCCUGUGUAGGAACUUACUCUGUAGGCAAGAUGAAGUCUCCUUGUUGGAAAUCAAGAGUGCAGUAGUUUACUCCCCAUUUUAGUGUUUAAUAGGAAGCUCGUUUCUAGCCCCUACUUUGAGUGAGCAGCACCAAGCUACAAAGGUGUCUGAUUAGAAUGAGCAUCUUUUAUAACCCAUGGUACACUUUUAGUAGGCUGGAAUUACUACCUCUGAUCACAUACUGGGCGAUGUGGAGAUCAUUAAAGAUGACCAGUGCUAAGAACUCGUCAGCUUAAAGGCUGUUUCUUUGAAGGAGCCCUUUCCUUUUUAAUGAAUGAAUUGUGAUCUCACAGUCAUUGACUUGACUUCUGUUCAAGAAUACAAAUGAGGUUAUUUGAACGGCUGUUACCCUUUGUCACUUACUGUCACUUCUAGAGCAAAAGUCAUUAGGACUUGCAGGACAAUGCCAUUACAUUACAGAAUGUACUUAUUACAAUAAAAUAUCUGAUAUCUGGCAAA